AUGGACUACAACGAGAAUGAAUGUUUUGACGAUCUAGACAUGGACGCUGAAGGAAGAUUUUGCGAUUCUCCAAUGGGAAGCCCUUCAUUUCCAGAUCUACUCUGUGAAACAGAUCCACUAUUUGGUUUAGAGCUUCCUUCUGAUACUCUAAAAUUGGACAUGGAAGAUGUACCUAUUUUUGAACCAGAGUCAGGACAAAGCGAUAAAGCGAGCACAGCAGUAUCAGAAGGCACUCCUGAGAAUUGUGAAAAGACACACACAAAGUCAUCAAGUCAGGAAUUUGUAAAUGAAGAAAAAGAAAUGCAAAUUUCGCCAAUUAAAAGAAUUGGAAGUCUUACUCUUGAAGAAAGACAUAUGAAAGUCCAAAAGUACUUGGACAAACGCCAGAAGAGGACUUGAUGUAAGCGAAUUAAUUAUGACUGCAGAAAAAGGGUAGCUGAUAAAAGAAUCAGGGUUAAAGGAAGGUUUGUUACGAAAGAGCAAGCCAAUUUGUUAUUAAAAGAGCAAAAUCAAGGAAACUGUCAAAAGGAAAUUGAAAAUAGUCAGCCUUAUCAGGCAACACCUAAUUAA